AUGGGGAGCAUAGGUCAUCUUUUCAGGUACAGUGAUGGUCUGGACAAGUUGCUCUUGAUUUUUGGUACUUUGGGCAGCAUUGGUGAUGGGCUGAUGACUCCACUCACGAUGCUUGUUCUCAGCGGCUUGAUCAAUGAGUAUGGAGGAACUUCUGGGAUUUCUUUCUCCAAUGACAUUGUUAACAAGUACUCACUCAGGCUGCUGUAUGUUGCCAUUGGAGUUGGGAUAUCGGCUUUUGUUGAGGGACUAUGCUGGGCAAGAACUGCAGAGAGACAAACAUAUUGCAUGAGAGUAGAAUACUUAAGGGCAGUCCUCAGGCAUGAAGUUGGUUUCUAUGACAACAAUGCUGCUUCUUCCACCACCUUCCAAGUCGUUUCUACCAUCUCUUCUGAUGCCCAUAUAAUCCAAGACACUAUAGCUGAGAAGAUACCCAACUGCCUGGCUCACCUUACAUCAUUCAUCUCUUGCCUAAUAAUUGCAUUUGUGCUUUCUCGGCGACUUGCAUUGGCCGCUCUUCCAUUCACGCUCCUGUUUGUCGUUCCAGGAGUUGUGUUUGGAAAGAAAAUGAAGGGCCUUGGAUCAAAGGCAAGGGAUGCUUAUGGAAUUGCUGGUGGGAUUGCUGAACAAGCAAUAUCAUCAAUCCGCACUGUCUAUUCAUAUGUGGGGGAGCAUCAAACACUGGAUAGAUUCAGCUGUGCACUCCAGAAAAGUAUGGAGCUUGGCAUAAAGCAAGGCCUCACAAAGGGAAUGAUGAUAGGGAGCAUGGGGAUGAUUUAUGCAGUUUGGGCUUUCCAGGCUUGGGUCGGUAGUGUUCUAGUCACUGAAAGAGGAGAGAAAGGAGGACUUGUUUUCAUUUCUGGAGUUUGUGUCAUGUUGGCAGGAGUGUCCAUUAUGAAUGCCCUCCCAAAUCUCUCCUCCAUCUUGGAAGCAACAAUUGCUGCCACCAGGUUUCUGGAGAUGAUUGAUCGGAUUCCAAUUAUAGACUCCGAAGCUGAAAAGGGUAAAAUUCUGUCAAAUGUCAGAGGAGAAAUCGAAUUUAAAGAGAUUGACUUUAGCUACCCAUCAAGACCUGAUACUCCAGUACUUCGAGGAUUCAAUCUUAGAGUGGAAGCUGGAAAGACGGUAGGUCUAGUGGGAGGUAGUGGUUCUGGAAAGUCUACAAUAAUUUCUUUACUUGAGAGGUUUUAUGACCCUGUCAAUGGAGACAUUCUUCUUGAUAAGUACAAAAUAAAGAGACUACAGGUUAAGUGGCUAAGGUCCUUGAUGGGACUAGUUAACCAACAGCCAAUUCUCUUUGCAACAUCCAUAAAAGAGAACAUUCUCUUUGGCAAGGAAGAAGCUCCAAUGGAUCUAGUUAUCCAUGCAGCUAAGGCUGCAAAUGCACAUGACUUCAUCAUCAAACUUCCUCAAGGAUAUGAAACUCAAGUAGGGCAAUUUGGAGUUCAAUUGUCUGGGGGGCAAAAGCAGAGGAUUGCUAUAGCAAGAGCUUUAAUCAGAGAUCCAAGAAUCCUUUUGCUUGAUGAAGCCACUAGUGCUUUGGACUCACAGUCUGAAAGAAUAGUGCAGGAAGCCUUGGACAAGGCAUCAGAAGGAAGGACAACAAUUAUCAUUGCCCACCGCCUCUCCACAAUCCUCAGGGCUGAUUUGAUAGUGGUUCUUGAAUCAGGAAGUGUGGUCGAAUCUGGGUCUCAUGAUGAGCUAAUCCACAUGAAUAAUGGAGAACGUGGGGUCUAUAGCAAAAUGGUUCAGUUGCAGCAUUCAGCAAUGCAAAAUGAAGCAUUCGAUAGUUUAUACCAUCAAAGAGAGGAUACAAAUCUUGGCAGAAUGAUUAGUGCCAUGGCUCCACAGACACCUAUAAGUGUGAGAUCAAGUAGGCAAAGUAGCCCAGCCUACCAAUUCAGCUCAGUUUUCUCCAUUGAUCUUACACACUCAUUAGAAAUGCAUCCUUACGAUCAUGAUAAUGAUGGAACAACCAAAACCCAUGCCUAUCCUCCAGUUUCCCAAUGGCGGUUACUACGGAUGAAUGCACCUGAGUGGAAGCAAGCUUUACUUGGAUGUUUAGGGGCUGCUGGCUUCGGAACUAUUCAACCAAUUCAUGCCUACUGCUUGGGAACAAUUGUUUCAGUUUACUUCAAAGACAACAAUUCUUCCAUAAGAUCAGAAACCAGAUUUUACAGCUGCAUCUUCCUAAGCCUAGCAGUUCUUAGCUUCAUUGCCAAUCUCUUACAACACUACAAUUUUGGAAUUAUGGGAGAGUGUUUAACAAGAAGGGUGAGAGAAAAUUUGCUUGAAAAAUUGCUAACCUUUGAGAUAGGAUGGUUUGAUCAAGAUGAUAAUACAAGUGCAGCCAUCUGUGCACGGUUAGCCACAGAAGCUAACAUGAUACGCUCACUAAUUGUGGAGCGUAUGUCAUUGCUGGUUCAGGUUUUCUUUAGUGCCUCCGUUGCUUUUGUCAUUGGAUUAGUAGUCACUUGGAGGGUAGCCAUUGUAAUGAUUGCCAUGCAGCCUUUGCUCAUUGCAAGCUUCUAUUCAAGGAGUGUUCUGAUGAAAAGGUUGUCUGAAAAGGCUAAGAAAGCGCAAAGUAAGGGUAGUCAACUAGCAAGUGAAGCUAUCAUCAACCACAAAACCAUCACAGCAUUUUCCUCACAGAAAAGAAUACUGUGUCUAUUUGGAGCAGCAAUGGAUGGCCCUAGGAGGGAGAGUGUCAAACAGUCGUGGUUUUCAGGUUUUGGAAUGUUUAGCUCUCAAUUUUUGACUACAGCUGCCAUAUCUUUAACUUUCUGGUACGGAGGGAGGUUGGUCAAUCAGAAAUCGGUCACCCCAAAACACCUAUUUCAAGCUUUCUUCAUCUUGAUUAGCACUGGUAAGAACAUUGCAGAUGCAGGAAGUAUGACUUCUGAUAUAGCCAAAGGUAGCAAUGCCAUUAGAUCAGUUUUUGCAAUCAUAGACAGAAGAAGUGAGAUUGAACCUAAAAGCUCCACUGGUAUUAGUGUUAAAAAGUAUAUCAAGGGUCAUAUAGAACUUAAGAAGGUGUAUUUCUCUUAUCCAAGUAGGCCUAACCAAACAAUUUUCAAGGGCCUAAGUCUCAAGAUUGAAGCCGGGAAAACCAUGGCACUGGUAGGACAGAGUGGUUCAGGCAAAUCCACUAUCAUUGGGUUGAUUGAAAGAUUUUAUGACCCCAUAAGGGGAUCUAUAUGUAUAGACGAAUGUGACAUCAAGAGCUACAAUUUAAGGAAGUUAAGGUCACAUAUUGCAUUAGUGAGUCAAGAGCCCACUCUCUUUGCUGGAACUAUUUGUGAGAACAUCGUCUAUGGUGAAGAGGAUGCUUCAGAAUCUGAAGUAAGGAAGGCAGCAAUACUUGCAAAUGCUCAUGAAUUUAUAAGUUCUAUGAAAGAUGGCUAUGAUACUUACUGUGGAGAAAGAGGAGCCCAACUAUCAGGAGGCCAAAAGCAGAGGAUAGCACUAGCUAGAGCUAUACUUAAGGACCCAACAAUACUUCUCUUGGACGAGGCAACCAGCGCCCUUGAUAGUGUUUCAGAAAAUCUAGUCCAAGAGGCACUGGAGAAGAUGAUGGUAGGCAGAACAUGCGUAAUCGUAGCUCAUCGACUAUCCACAAUACAGAAGGCAAACAACAUAGCUGUGAUAAGGGAUGGUAAGGUUGUGGAACUUGGAUCACACUCGGAUCUACUCGCUGUUGGACAUGGCGGCGCAUAUUAUUCUCUAAUUCAGCAGCAAAGUAGUCACUCUACAUAUAUGUGACUCGAAGACUCAAUGACAAUGUUCAUCAUGUAAUCCCUCUAGUUGGUUUUUCAUUAGG